AUGUGUUUACAGAUGGUGGUCAGACUACUUGAAUUUGAAUAUAGAGAAGAUGAUGAUCAUUAUAACACCAAUGCCGUAUUCUCCGCUCAAACUCUAGAAUCAUUAAUUUUAGCCAGCCACCAAAAUUUUGAAGAAAUAUUUUUUGGUUGGCCUGAAGAUUGUAGACAAGAAGGUUAUGCACAAGUAUUAAAUUCUAUCUCGAUGAAUUAUCCCAAUCUUGCACGACUUGGA